UUAUACCAGAGGCGGCGUCCCUGAGUUUCAUUCUCCUCCACCCGGCCCGGCCAGUACAAGUUAACGGACAACUAAAUAGUGAAAUAAAUGUGGAAUAUCUCCUCCAUGCGGUAAGGUGACUAACCAGCCAGGUAGUGAAGAGGAUGAAACAUUAACCACAUCACCUACCAGAAGAUCACAACAAUGGGACAUACAAAGAAGAAAACAUUUAGUUGUGAGAAAUGUGGGAAGGAGUAUCGGGUUUUGGGUUGUCUAAAGACACACCUAAAGUUGUGCACUAUUGAAGACUUUGAAUGUGAGGAAUGUGGAGAAGGGUUUGCUACCCAGGCUGCUCUCAAUGUUCACAAGAAAGCGCACACCAUACGUAAGUGUGAUGAAUGUGGAGAAGGGUUUGCUACCCAGGCUGCUCUCAAUGUUCACAAGAAAGCGCACACCAUACAUAAGUGUGAUGAAUGUGGAGAAGGGUUUUCUAGGAAGGCUGCCCUCAGUGUUCACAAGAAAGUGCACAUCAUACAUGAGUGUGAUGAAUGUGGAGAUGAGUUUGCUACCCAGGCUGCUCUCAGUGUCCACGAGAAAGUGCACAUCAUACAUGAGUGUGAUGAAUGUGGAGAAGAGUUUGCUGAGAAGGCUGCUCUCAGUGUUCACAAGACAGUGCACAACGUACAUGAGUGUUAUGAAUGUGGAGAAGAGUUUCCUAAGAAGGCUGCUCUCAUUGUUCACAAGAAAGUGCACAACAUACAUGAGUGUGAUGAAUGUGGAGAAGAGUUUGCUGAGAAGGCUGCUCUCAGUGUUCACAAGACAGUGCACAACGUACAUGAGUGUUAUGAAUGUGGAGAAGAGUUUCCUAAGAAGCCUGCUCUCAUUGUUCACAAGAAAGUGCACAACAUAUAUGAGUGUUAUGAAUGUGGAGAAGAGUUUGCCGAGAAGCCUGCUCUCAUUGUUCACAAGAAAGUGCACAACAUACAUGAGUGUGAUGAAUGUGGAGAAGAGUUUGCCAAGAAGCCUGCUCUCAAUGUUCACAAGAAAGUGCACAACAUACAUGAGUGUGAUGAAUGUGGAGAAGAGUUUGCCAAGAAGCCUGCUCUCACUGUUCACAAGAAAGUGCACAGCGUACAUAAGUGUGAUGAAUGUGGAAAAGGGUUUACUCAGAAUAGUUUUCUCAUGAGACAUGUGCGCACUGUACAUGAAAAUCCUCAGAAGUUUGAUUGUGAUGUGUGCGGUAAAGGUUUUGGUCGAAGACAUGCAUUAAGGUCACAUAGUCUUGUACACAAAGAUGAAAAGCCUUUUGAAUGUUCGGAGUGUGGAAAAAAAUUUUCCCGGAAGCAGUCCAUGAAAAAACACUUCCUCUUGCACUUUGACAAUAAAAAUUUUAAGUGUACUAAAUGUAGGAAACUGUUUUCAGAUUAUGGUGAUCUUGAUUUACACAUGCUGACACAUGUUGCCCAAAUUUUUACUUGUGAGGUGUGUGACAAACAGUUUAGAUAUAUAAAUGGUUUGGAGAAACAUAUGUCUCGUCACAGUGAAAACCCGCCUACCUGUGACAUAUGUAAGAAAGUUUUUAAAAAUGAGAGCUCUGUGAAGAAGCAUAUGCUUAUCCACAGGAAAAAAAAAGAGGAAUAUGAGUGUCAGUUAUGUUGGGAAAAUUUUGAGACCAAGGCACGUUACAGGAAGCAUGUUGUUGAUAUACACAGUGAUGAACAAGGGCCCUCCCUUGCUGAUGUAGUAUGGGUGUGAGAUAGCCCCCUAAUAGCUAUACAUUUAUGUAUGUACAGUUGUGGUUCACAGCACUUGAUGAAACUACUGUACUGUACAGUAUGGGUGAGGCAGAAGUGUGUUGCAUGACAACAAAAACAAGUCAUAAGCUGCUCUCUACAGGUAAAAUUUCUCUAGCUACUGUGUGGUACGGUAUGUAGUUGUACAUAACACAAACAAUACGUGUAUACUACGAGAUGCUUAAAGUUUGUGACUAAUACAGGAGCUGUUGUACCCCGUUUUAAUGUAAAUAUUUUACAUGUACAGUGCAGUACUUUGGAGUACAAAUAUUUUUUUGUGUAAGGAGGAGGUGAUUUUAUUAUGUGUCUUUUAUAUACCUCAUCAUUACCAAUUUAUUGUGUAUUGUCACAGUGUAUCAUUUAUAAUACAGUACAGUGAUGUUACUCUGAUUAAGGACCAAGGGGCAACAUGUUACACUGGACCACUCGCUAAUAUAAACUUAGAUUCGUCUACAGUGCACAACAAGAGGCUGUAUUCUCACACAUUAUGGUGUUCCUCUAACUUGACACUGGCCUUAGGUAAAACAUAUACAGUACAGUAUAGUGUCUCAAGUGAUCUUCCUAAUUACUGACAGUUCUAAUCUUUUCACAAAAUUCUCUUGUUACUUGUGAACAUAUUCUCAGGCAGGGAUUUCUUUCAUUCUGUCAUGCCAUCUGGUUGAUAUUUUCUCCAGGAAUACUGACACAGGUCACAGGCUCUUCCAAAUUUAGCUUCAAAUACCCAUCCAAUUUCAGGAUCAUAAUAAACAUUGUUUUAAUAUGUCAAAUAUAAUAUCAAAUAAUUAAAAUUCACAACUCCAUAAGUACAGUAUACAUUACCCAACUCAUAUAGAUUAUGACAUGUUACAUAAAAAUGUGGCAUAACUAGACACAAAGAAACAUAAUUACAGUAGUCACCUGGAAUGACAAACAUACGAGUGUAACAUAGUAUAUUCAGACAAUACAAAAGAUAAUACAACCUAACCUAAUAUAUGAGGAGCUCCAGACCAUAAUCUGCUAAGUGCCAAAAUAGAAAAUGGAGGAAAAUGCUCAGGAAGGAAUGUGUGACAUACAAUAGUCUUUUUCAGAGUACUCUCACCCACAUUUACAGGUUGCCAAUUAGCUCUCUGAUUUACCCUGGGGAAUGGUUGGGGAAUACAAUACAAUACAUGUUUCAGCAACAUAUGGCUCUUAACGGGUUAUGGUCCAGAGCUCCGCAUAUACUAGUAACAUACUAUACCCACAAAAUGUAAACAUGGACCCAACGUAAUCUACACUGGUAACAUAAUCUAACAACCAAAUACAGAUAACUCGUUACACCCCUACCAAGACAUACAUGUACAGGUUGACAACCCUUUAUCCGAAAUUCCGAAAAGCUCUGAAAACCGAAAGUUUUUUUUGUGGAGCAAUUUU